ACAACGACUGGCGCGACUCUCCCCCUAACUGCAGAACCACCCCCACUAGAGGACAACUACCCCGACAGUACCUACAAAACCAACUCCACUCCGAAAGCUAUCCGUUUACGCGCACUCGGAUGCCAGUCGUGUCUUCACAAUAAGCUACAUCUUACUCGCACUCGGCAAGCGCGCAACUCUAUCUACAAUGUCCGACCCAUCUCGCCCUCGACGGUCCCGCAAAUCAAUCGCCUUCCAGCCUAACGCCUCUGGAAGCAACAAGAGUGCUGCCGCUCCGGCACCAGAGGCACCAGCGAAAAGCACAAGAAAGACGCGUUCGAAGUCGCUGGGUCCUGGAGGACUGGACGCGCUCAACGCUGCGGAGGGCAGGAAAGACGUGCUGAAGAGCGGCAACGGGAAUGGACGGCGCGAAUCUAUAGCACCUGCAGUCAGGUCCAUCUUGAAACCGACAUUACCAGUCUCACCGCCCAAAGAGAUACCCGCCCACAGACCUCGAACACAGCUGCGCGGUGCACCUGCCGUGCCGCCUACACCCGCUACAUCUCAGCCAAGUAGUAUAUUCCAACCUCCACCAUUGCAACCUACACAGCCUGCGGCGUCAACAAUUCCUUUACGCACGGAGGAGGAACAACAGCGCAGGGCCGAAAUUCUUGCGCAGCGAGCAGCUCGGCGACAGUCUAUGGGCAAUCGUCGCGUCUCCUUUGCGCCAGAGGCUACCCUGCACACUUGGGACGUGGUUGAUUACUAUCCCGGCGAUGGCAGCUCGACGCCUGGUUCAUCGGCAGGUGGAUCAUCCAGGGCUUCUACUCCCGCGAGCAAUCGGCGGAGCAGCAGCGGUUCGAUAGCCGACGUGCAGGCGACACCAACACCACCAUCAAUGGAAACUCCUUCGACACCGCAGCAGUCUGAGGAUGCACCGGCAACACCGAGCACGGAGAAUCAAAAACGGAAUCGUCGCGCGUCCGUAGCCAAGACACCUUCUCCGAACUUCACCAACCCCGAUGAGCAAAUUAUGUCAUCCAGUCCUUUGUCGUCAACAGCUGGGGACGAGACCGAAUUCGUCGAGGAUGAGGAUGAGGGCAGCCACAGCGACAGCGACAGCACGGAUUCCAUCGACGAUGAUAUGGCUCCUGGCGACAGGACUUUCGUUUCAAAUGCUGGAGACACAACAAUGGGUGAAGGUGACAUGGAUUUCGACGAUGAUGACGAGACUGUUAGACAGCCCAUUUUCAAGAAGCCAAUGCAGUGGACUUUCGAAGGUGCACCUGAAGACGACGAUAACGUGCUGUCCUUACCGCCAGCUGCCAAGACAGAGGCUCCGGUCGUUAUUGUGGAAGAAACUGAGGAAGGCGAUAAAACUAUGGAUGUCACUCGAGUCAUUGGCGGGCUGCUCUCCACCUCCACCUCGAGCCUAGAGAAACCGAAAUUCUCGUUCUCACCGAAAACGCCUGAGAAGAUCGAUGAUGAGGACGACGAGGGCGGUGAGAUGACGAUGGAGAUGACACGUCCUGUCGGCGGUCUUCUUGGUACUCGCCCUCCGAUCCAGCAAUCCCAGCCGAAUGAGGAGGAAGAGGAAGAUGAUGAAGAUGGAAUGGACUUCACUCGACCUGUCGGUGGAAUCCUGGGCACUGCCAACAGGGCUGCUGCAAAGCCACAACCCAUGGCUGCCGACGACGAAGGCAUGACCAUGGAUAUGGAUAUGACACGCCCAAUCGGUGGGAUCUUGAGCGGCAUUAGUGGUAUGGCUAGCAGGCUUGGGAAGAGUAUUGGAUUCGGCAGGCCGCAACAACAGCCACAACAACAGCAACAGCAGCAACAACAGUCGGACGAUGCGGAUAUGACAAUGGACAUGGACAUGACCCGACCGAUAGGUGGUAUCCUUUUGGCAGUUCAGGCUGGUAAUCAGGAUAGAACACGAUCCUCAUCACCAACCUCCGAAGUCGACAUGAACGAAGAUAUGACCAUGGAAUUUACGUCUGUUCUUGGUGGAAUCGUCAAUCAGGCACCCAAGGAGAAGGGCCGGAGAAGAAGCUCCACCGGCACAGGACGGCGAGGAGGCUUGCUGAUGGGUGGAGAUCAGUGGGCUAAAGACCAGGCGCAAAAGCACUUUUCCUAUGACAAGCAGGAAGAGGAAGAGGAAGACGAUAUGGAUAUGACGAUGGCCGUUGGGGGUAUCCUUUCAGCCGCCGCGGCCACGAGCAAGGCAAAAGACGUCUCAUCCGGUUCCCUCGCAUAUCCUACGCUGGAUGCACCCGCCACGGAAAAAUCCGUAGAAUCGGUUACAUACCCAACACUGCCUGAAGUUAAGGAAGACGUUGACGACAAUGAGGACUUUCCCAUGGAAAUGACGGUUAACGUGGGACGAAUCUUGCAAGGCCAGCCAGAAGUUGCUAAGUCAUCUUCGAAUCUUAUUCCGAAGGAGCAACCCACUGCGGAAAAGAAAGAGGAAAUCAUCUCUGUUCCCCCGGUCGAUCGUGUGUUAAAACAGGUCGAUUCACCGACGCCUCGCAACAAACGGGCUACGAGGAAGUCUACAGGUGCUGCUGCAGUCCCCACCAUCACACCAAGAGUUACUCGAGGCGCUCAACGCAAGUCGUUGGAGCUUCAACUAGAAUCGGUAACCAAGUCUUCUCCCGCGCAAGCCCCGACUCCUGAGGAACCAUCUCCAGAGCAGCAGACAACUCUAGCUCAGACAAGGCCAGCUAGGAAGUCGAAGACGCCCCAACAGAAGCCGUCAACUCCAAAAACUGCUUCCAAGAAAAAGGCUUCCACUCCCACGGCUCUCCAGCCUGACUUGAAAACCGAGAAAUCGCUGCUGAAAACACCAAAGGCUCCUACGGAAUUAGAGUCAAUCCCUUCUGCUAGUUCCUCCUUCUCUCCCAUCACCCCCAUGCGUUUCGGUCUCCAGACUACCAUUACUCCCAUCCGGACACCUCUCAGGGGCGUCGGAAUCAACAAACCUGGUAUGGGAUCUCCUGCCAUUGCCGAAGCGCUGUCUCGACGCAAAUCUAUCGGUGAGGAUGCUUUGGCAUUUUCGCCUAUUGCAACGCCUAGUGCUCUGCUUGCACUUUCACGACAAGAUAACGAGAAGAGAGAACACGAGGAGAAAGAAGCGAACAAGCGCCGGGAAGAGGCAGAGAAGAAGCUGGAUCUGAUGAGCAAGAUUCAAUUGCUCACGCCUAGCAAGCGCGGAGGAAGAAUGAGUCUUGCCGUGGGAUCACUGGGUCCUGUGAAGAGGCGCUUUGAGACUACAGAUGAAAGCGAUAGAAAGAGACGAAAGAGUAUGGAUGGAAUUGGUAUCGUGGCUGAAGAGGAAGGGCAAAAGGAACCCAUCGACUUUCAGAAGCCUCUUGUCAAGUUACCAGGAAGCGCGAAGAAACGCACUCCGAAGAAGGCUACUCCGAAAAAGUCAGUGACUCCACCGGACGAGUCCACUACUCCCUCGAAGACCCGAACAGCGCACACCAAGCCUUCUCAACCUCCUCCACAGGUCCAUGCGGUGAAGUUUGGUGACGAUGUUGUCAUGAAAGAUGAAGAUGACGAGGAGGGAGAGGAGGAUCCUAAUGACAAUAGUUGGAUCCCCGAAGACCUUACACUCCAUGACUUCCUCGAGAUGAUUGGUGUGUCGUUCCUGGACGACCUCAAAGCCACCGCAAAGCGUCGUCAUACCGGUUUCCCCACCAGUCAGCGAUCGUACGGUGAAGAGGCGACUUUGACGGCUCGGAUCAAGGCGGGCGCCGGUACAUUCCCAAUGCUCAACGUAUAUCAACAUGGCUGCCACGAAUUGGACAAGUACAUUGCAGAUGGCAACGAGAUCAUGAACACCAUCGAGGAUAUCAUCCACGAUGGACCUGCGGUGCUCCGAGACUACCUCAAUGCUCCGAUUGAUGUGAAGAACAUCAUGGACAUCCAGUUCAGGAACAACAAAACCCAUGCCCGUCUCGUGGCCAAGAAGGAGUGGUAUACGUGGCGCCAGGUGCUUCUUACUGGCGUCCAGGCUAUCCUGAAAGAGAACCUUGAAGGCCUCAAGUCGGAUGAACAAACAGUGAAGGCGCUUUCACAAGAAGUGGCAUCUCACCUACCGGAGCUCAAGCAAGCCUGGGAACAAGCGAAAUACGAACUUCAGAAGCUGGAAGAGGUGAAGCGGCGAGUUGAAGUAGACGACCAGGAUGAACUUGUGGCUGCUCGAUCGCAACUUUCCUCAAUGUCCCAAGACAUCGCAACGGCACGCGUCCAGGCAGCGGAGAAACGACAAGAGUCGGAGAACCUUGCCGCGGCGAUCAAGAAGAAAGAGGCACGGAAGGCUGAGUUGGUCGCCUCUAUCGAAGAGGCGGAGCGCAUCAAGGAGAUGAAUCGCGGCUGGAGCGAGAAGGAAGUCGACACUUGGAAGUCGCGCUGCGACGACCUCGAAGCGAAACACGGAUGGCGCAUGUCGAAAGCCCUCGAGAACGGACUUCUGGAGAUGGAAUACUUGCGGGAGAUCCAGCUCGUAUGCGACCCGGCAGGUAAUGUCGCGCCAGUGGUCAAAUACAUCCGGAUGGCUGCCCAGAAGGCGACAGAUCCCGAGCCUAUUGCAGCUCUCGAGGCGGAUUUUUUUAUCAACGGUCUCAACUCGGUUCUUUCCAAGAAACGGGACCUCCCGGUCAUACUCCAAAGCGUCGGUAGUUACUGGAAGGUAGUGCUGGGUGUGAUAGACAACAUUCGUCGCCUCCGGUCACGGCAUUAUACUGAGAUUGCUAUCUCCGAGGGUGGGGAUUUGCAAGUCACAGCGACAGUCGUCGUGACCGAGCUGCGGAGCAAGAUGGCGAUUUCCUUUACAGUUGCGAAGGAGAGUCUUACAUACCAGGCGGUCGACGUUCGGGUUGUCUACGGAGCGGUAGCACAGAAGGUGGUGCAGAAGAUGCUAUCGGACUCAGUCGACGAGUGGAAGGAGGGUGUGGCGGACGUAGUGGCGCAAUGUAUCGAGGGUCGAAGAAGAGGUGGUGUUGUUGUCGGUGUUAAGGGGUGAACGGUCUUUUUCAUGCGGUUGUCUGUUUUGCGGUUGUCUGUUUUGCGGUUUCUUCGCUUAUUGGAGUCGAGUUCAAUUUUGGUUUAUGGAUGUCAUUUCCGUUCUUUCCUUCAUGAUGCGGGGUUUAGUUUGGCGGGGGUUCAUUGUAAUUGGAAGCUUUCUUUUGGUUUACGAUCACGCAAAUAUUUACCUUCGCAUGAGUUUUAGUUGAAAAAGUACUUGUUUGUGUGGAAUACGUAAGGGUGAAGCAGUUUGCGAUUGACUUGAGAUAACUGGUUGACGCGAUGAGGCGAAUGCAGGUCUAUGAGUAUCCGAGGGUGGUGCAGCGGAGCGGAACUUUCGGUGUCCGGAGGUUUAGAACUGGUGAUCUCUGAUGAAGGUAUGUAUGUGCUCGUGUGUGGAAACUCGGCAGUCAUCAUAGUUCGAAUGAGACAGU